AUGGACGUGGACGUGGACGCGGACGUGGACGUGGACGCGGACGUGGACGCGGACGUGGGCGUGGACGUGGACGUGGACGUGGACAUGGACGUGGUCGUGGACGUGGUCGUGGACGUGGACGUGGACGGGGUCGUGGACGUGGUCGUGGACGUGGACGUGGACGUGGACGUGGACGCGGACGUGGAUGCGGACGUGGACGCGGACGUGGAUGCGGACGUGGACGUAGACGUGGACGUGGGCGUGGACGUGGACGUGGACGUGGACGUGGACAUGAACGUGGACGUGGACGUGAACGUGGACGUGGACGUGGACGUGGACGUGGACGUGGUCGUGGACGUGGACGUGGACGUGGACGUGGACGUGGACGUGGACAUGGUCGUGGACGUGGACGUGGACGUGGACGAGGACGUGGACUUGGACGUGGACAUGGACGUGGACUUGGACAUGGUCGUGGACGUGGUCGUGGACGUGGACAUGGUCGUGGACUUGGACGUGGACGUGGACGUGGACGUGGACUUGGACGUGGACGUGGACGUGGACGUGGACGUGGACGUGGACGUAGACGUGGACGUGGACUUGGACGUGGACGUGGACGUGGACGUGGACGUGGACGUGGACGUGGACGCGGACGGGGUCGUGGACGUGGACAUGGUCGUGGACGUAGACGUGGACGUGGACUUGGACGUGGACGUGGACGUGGACGUGGACGUGGACGUAGACGUGGACGUGGACAUGGUCGUGGACGUGGACGGGGUCGUGGACGUGGACGUGGACGUGGACGUGGACGCGGACGUGGACGCGGACGUGGAUGCGGACGUGGACGUGGACGUGGACGUGGGCGUGGACGUGGACGUGGACGUGGACAUGGACGUGGACGUGGACGUGGACGUGGACGUGGGCGUCGACGUGGACGUGGACGUGGACAUGGACGUGGUCGUGGACGUGGUCGUGGACGUGGACGUGGACGUGGACGUGGACAUGGUCGUGGACGUGGAUGUGGAGGUGGACAUGGUCGUGGACCUGGACGUGGAGGACUUGGACGUGGAGAUGGACGUGGACGUGGACGUGGACGUGGACGUGGACAUGGACUUGGACGUGGACGUGGACGUGGACCUGGACGUGGACGUGGACGUGGACGUGGACGUGGACGUGGACCUGGACCUGGACGUGGACGUGGACGUGGACGUGGUCGUGGACGUGGACGUGGACGUGGACGUGGACGUGGACUUGGACGUGGACGUGGACGUGGACGUGGACUUGGACGUGGACGUGGACGUGGACGUGGACGUGGACGUGGACGUGGACGUGGACGUGGACGUGGACGUGGAGGUGGACAUGGUCGUGGAGGUGGAGGUGGACAUGGACGUGGACAUGGUCGUGGACGUGGACGUGGACGUGGACGUAGACGUGGACGUGGACGUGGACGUGGACGUGGACGUGGACGUGGACGUGGACACGUGGACGUGGACGUGGACGUGGACGUGGACGUGGUCGUGGACGUGGACCUGGACGUGGACGUGGUCGUGGACGUGGACGUGGACGUGGACGUGGACCUGGACGUGGACGUGGACGUGGACGUGGACUUGGACGUGGACGUGGACGUGGACGUGGACGUGGACGAAUGGACGUGAACGUGGACGUGGUCGUGGACGUGGACGUGGACGUGGACGUGGACGUGGACGUGGACGUACACGUGGACGUGGACGUGGACGUGGACGUACACGUGGACGUGGACGUGGACGUGGACGUACACGUGGACGUGGACGUGGACGUGGACGUGGACGUGGACGUGAACGUGGACAUGGACGUGGACGUGGACGUGGACGUGGAGGACGUGGACGUGGACGUGGACGUGGAGGACGUGGACGUGGACAUGGACGUGGACGUGGACGUGGACGUGGACGUGGACGCGUGGACGUGGUCGUGGACGCGGACAUGGACGUGGACGUGGACGUGGACGUGGUCGUGGUCGUGGACGUGGACGUGGACGUGGACGUGGACGUGGACAUGGACGUGGACGUGGACGUGGACGUACACGUGGACGUGGACGUGGACGUGGACGUGGACGUGGACGUGGAGAUGGACGUGGACAUGGACGUGGACGUGGACGUGGACGUGGACGUGGUCGUGGACGUGGACGUGGACGUGGACAUGGACGUGGACGUGGACGUGGACGUGGACGUGGAGGUGGACGUGGACGUGGACGUGGACGUGGACGUGGACGUGGAGGACGUGGACGUGGACGUGGACGUGGAGGACGUGGACGUGGACAUGGACGUGGACGUGGACGUGGACGUGGACAUGGACGUGGACGUGGACAUGGUCGUGGACGUGGACGUGGACGUGGACGUGGACGUGGACGUGGACAUGGACGUGGACGUGGACGUGGACGUACACGUGGACAUGGACGUACACGUGGACGUGGACGUGGACGUGGACGUGGACGUGGACGUGGACCUGGACCUGGACGUGGACGUGGACGUGGACGUGGAGAUGGACGUGGACGUGGAGGAGGACGUGGACGUGGACGUGGACGUGGACGUGGAGGUGGACGUGGAGGUGGACGUGGAGGUGGACGUAGACGUGGUCGUGGACGUGGACGUGGACGUGGACGUGGUCGUGGACGUGGUCGUGGACGUGGUCGUGGACGUGGACGUGGACGUGGACGUGGACGUGGACGUGGACGUGGACAUGGACGUGGACGUGGACGUGGACGUGGACGUGGACCUGGACGUGGACGUGGACGUGGUUGUGGUCGUGGACGUGGACGUGGACGUGGACUUGGACGUGGACCCGGACGUGGACGUGGACGUGGAGUGGACAUGA